AUGACUUCAGAGGCGGACAAGUAUGAGGUGCUGGAAAAAAUCGGCCAUGGCUCCUUUGGAGUAAUCCGCAAGGUUCGGAGAAAGGUCGAUGGCCUCGUCAUGUGUCGGAAGGAAAUCAGUUACCUCAAGAUGUCGCAAAAGGAGCGCGAGCAGCUCCAUGCCGAGUUCCAGAUUCUCUCAACCCUCCGCCAUCAAAACAUCGUCGGCUACUACCAUCGCGAGCACCUCAAGUCGACCCAAGACCUCCACCUCUACAUGGAGUAUUGCGGCAAUGGCGACCUGGGCCGCGUCAUCAGAGAUCUGGCCGUCAAAGGACAGCGCGCGCAAGAGUCAUUCGUGUGGAGCAUUUUCUCGCAGCUGGUUACUGCGCUCUACAGAUGCCACUAUGGCAUCGACCCUCCCGAGGUUGGCAGCAACGUCCUGGGCCUAUUCAGCACAGCUUCCAAGCCCAAGACGCCGCCCGGAACCAUGACCAUCCUGCAUCGCGACCUGAAGCCCGAAAAUGUCUUCCUAGGAGAAGACAACUCUGUCAAGCUUGGCGAUUUCGGUCUGUCCAAGAUGAUCCAGUCUCACGACUUCGCGUCGACCUACGUUGGCACACCCUUCUACAUGUCGCCCGAAAUCUGUGCCGCCGAGAAAUACACCCUCAAGUCCGACAUCUGGUCUUUGGGAUGCAUCAUUUAUGAGCUCUGCGCUCGCGAACCCCCCUUCAACGCCAAGUCACACUUCCAGCUCGUCCAGAAGAUCAAGGAGGGCAAGGUGUCGCCUUUGCCCAGUUGCUAUUCAAGCGAGCUCAUGGGUACUAUCAAGGACUGCCUGAGAGUCAAUCCAGAUCACCGCCCAGACACUGCGCAACUUCUCAACCUUCCGGUUGUCCGGUUGAUGCGAAAGGAGAGGGAGGUUGUAGAGCUCAACAAGGUCAUCAAGACCAAAGAAGACUCCCUGGCGCGCCGAGUGAAGGAGCUGGAGGAGAAGAUCACCGCCUUUGAGGCCGACAAGGCUUCUGUCAGACAAGAAGUCGACAGUUCGCUGCGGAGAGAAUGGGAGGUCAAGGCCCGUCUCGAGAUUGACCGACAAAUCAACUCGGAGAUCGAAGCCCUCCGUAAAAGAUUCGAGAGCGAAGUGCAGUCUCGUGUCGAGGCAGAGCUACAGAAGAAGGCCGUCAGCAUGGCCAUUGAAUCUGCUCAGGCACACGACCUUGGCAGUUCCUUAACAAAGUCCGAGUACCCGCGGUCCUCAGUGGGCAACGGCAGCGGAGACGAAGAGCUCUCGACCUCGACGGACCUCACCGAUAUCUCAUCCGACAGCCCUCUCACGAGCAAGAAGGCUACUCGCACGCCCUUUAGCCGAGCCCAGACCAUGUUUGUUGGUGGUAUGGGCACUCCCAUGGACAUCGAGAUGGCAUCUCCUUCGCCCAUCAACAUUGCUUCUCUGUCGCUUUCCCCUCGACGCACCGCCGCCACCAGAGUGCCGAACCUUAACAACGGAAACAUUUUCUCCGAGAACGCCGGCGCGUCUAGCGAUCCCAUGUGGGAUCUUCAUCGCGACACCAUCAGCAUUGACUCCGACGACGAGGACGUUGUUCCCUCGCCUACGCGUAACAUCAAGUCAAGACAGAACCCCUUUACAUCCAAGGAUCGCCCGGUUCUGACCUCUCAAAAGUCGGUUCCCAUUUCUCGGGUCAAACCCCAGUUCUCGGCGACCGGCUUGAACCAAAACAAGACACUGCCCACUCUGCCCAACAUGGCUUCAAACCCCGACCUGAGCCGUGGCCUUCGCGAGCGGGGCCAGUCACCUACCCGCCGAUUGAGUAAGAUUCCUUCUGCGGCGAACUUGACAGCUGCAAGCGGCGGCGAAUCUCCAGGCGGCCUUUCCCGCAAGAACUCUACCAAGAAGGACCAGGAGCCCCUUGGCAAGCUGGCGGCUAAGAACAACAUAAAGGGCAGAACGCUGGUCGAACUUCAGCAAGCCCGAGCAGGCGGCCGUCCCCUUUCUGCAGUCAUGUCCGGCGGCGAGAACAUCAGCCCUAAGAGGACGUUCAAGGACCGUAUCGCGGAGCGUCGGGCCAGUGGCGGCGAGCCUGCCGCGGUGUGGGAUCCUGAGCGUGACGAGAUGCCGAGUCCGUUCCUGGUGCGACGCAAGCCCAUGGCCAGAGUCUAA